AAGAGUAUAUACGCGAGCAAGAGGAUGCAACGCGGGAGCCCGCCGAAAGUCAAGCCUCACAACUAUGAUGCCUUGGUGAAGCCCUUUGAGCUGACGACGGGAGGCCUCGCCAAGCUGUUGCCAGAUGAAAUCGAAAUUACCUCCAAAGAGGAGGCGGUGCUGUACGCGUGCAACGGCGACGACGUGGAGGAACGGUUACAGGGGGGAAGGGCGACGCUCACGACUCACCGGAUACUUUGGUCCGAGCGCUCGCGAGUGGCACACGGCGGUGUCCACGUCUGCAUCCACCUCUCCGACAUUCGCAAAGCUAGGCCUCAACCACGGAGAAGAUUCCUGAAUUCUUCCAGGAUACACAUAUUCCCGACCGGUCAGAUCGAUGGCGACAAACCAGCGGUGAUGCUUUCCGUCAAGGGGAGAGACGACUUCUUCUCGCACAUGGAGUCAGCCCUGGCGCGCAAGGCGUGGGUCGUCGAGACCGCGGCGGAAGUGAUGGGUCGCCGGGCAGCAGGCGAGGGCGGCGGCGGCGGCGGCAGUGGCAGCAGGGCGUCGGCGGCGGGCGUUGCUGGCAUCCUCCGAAGACAAGAGGCCAACCGAAAAGCGACGGCCGAGAUUGCAACGGAGGCCUUCUCGGACCUCAAGAGCCUCAUCGACAAGGCCAAGGAGGUGGUGGCCGUCGUGGAGCGGUACUCGGCUGCUCUCCAGGACAAGCAAACGGCGGCGGCGGCGGGGGACAAGGAUGAGGCGGGCGACCCCACACGGGAAGCCGAGGAUCUGAGCAGCAUCCUCCAAGACAUCGGUAUCGCAAGCCCCGUCACCAAGACCAGCGCCGGCACGCGCUACCACCAGCAGCUCGCCCGGCAGCUGGCGGACUUCCUCUCUUCCCCGCCGGGGAAGCGCGCGGGCGCCCGGACUCUCCUGGAUAUGUUCGGCGGGAUGAUGACCCUGCCGGACGUGUUCUCGGUCUUCAACCGCGCGAGAGGCACGGAGCUCGUGUCCCCCGCCGACCUCCUCGCCACCGCAAGGCUGCUCGGCCCCACCAAGCUGGGCGGACUCACACAGCGACCAGGCGGUCAGCGAUAAGCUGGUCAAGGCUGCGAAGGCGGC